AUGGCGGCCCUGCCCGGCGCGGUUCCGAGGAUGAUCCGGCCGGCGCCGGGGCAGAACUAUCCCCGCACGGGGUUCCCGCUGGAAGGUAAGAGCCGUGUCCACCCCCUUGGCCAAGGCCGGGUCAAUCAGCUCGGCGGGGUCUUCAUCAACGGGCGCCCCCUGCCCAAUCACAUCCGUCACAAGAUCGUGGAGAUGGCCCACCACGGCAUCCGGCCUUGCGUCAUCUCCCGCCAGCUUCGCGUCUCCCACGGCUGCGUCUCCAAUCUCUGCCGCUACCAGGAGACCGGCUCCAUCCGGCCCGGGGCCAUCGGCGGCAGCAAGCCCAGAGUGAGUGGCGACCCGGACGUGGAGAAAAAGAUCGAGGAGUACAAGAGGGAACCCGGAAUGUUCAGCUGGGAGAUCCGGGACCGGCUACUGAAGGACGGCCACUGCGACCGCAGCACCGUGCCUUCAGUGAGUUCGAUUAGCCGCGUGCUCAGAAUCAAGUUCGGGAAGAAAGAGAGGAGGACGACGCCGGACAAGAAGGAGGACGACGGGGAGAAGAAAGCCAAGCACAGCAUCGACGGCAUCCUGGGCGACAAAGGGAACCGCCUGGACGAGGGCUCGGACGUGGAGUCGGAGCCUGACCUCCCCCUGAAGCGCAAGCAGCGCCGCAGCCGCACGACCUUCACGGCGGAGCAGCUGGAGGAGCUGGAGAAGGCCUUCGAGCGGACCCACUACCCCGACAUCUACACGCGCGAGGAGCUGGCUCAGAGGACCAAGCUCACCGAGGCCCGGGUCCAGGUCUGGUUCAGCAACCGCCGUGCCCGCUGGCGUAAGCAGGCGGGAGCCAACCAGCUGGCUGCGUUCAACCACCUUCUGCCAGGAGGCUUUCCGCCCACCGGCAUGCCCACGCUGCCCCCCUACCAGCUGCCGGACUCCACCUACCCCACCACCACCAUCUCCCAAGACGGGGGCAGCACCGUGCACCGCCCCCAGCCCCUCCCGCCGUCCACCAUGCACCAGGGUGGGCUGGCCGCCGCUGCCGCCGCUGCCGACACCAGCUCUGCAUACGGAGCUCGCCACAGCUUCUCCAGCUACUCGGACAGCUUCAUGAACCCAGGGGCUCCUUCCAACCACAUGAAUCCCGUCAGCAAUGGCCUGUCUCCUCAGGUGAUGAGCAUCCUGAGCAACCCCAGCGCGGUGCCUCCGCAGCCGCAGGCCGACUUCUCCAUCUCCCCGCUGCACGGAGGCCUGGACUCGGCCUCCUCCAUCUCCGCCAGCUGCAGCCAGCGGGCCGACUCCAUCAAGCCGGGCGACAGCCUGCCCACCUCCCAGUCCUACUGCCCGCCCACCUACAGCACCACCGGCUACAGCGUGGACCCAGUGGCUGGCUACCAGUACGGGCAGUACGGCCAGACUGCUGUUGAUUACUUGGCCAAAAACGUGAGCCUGUCCACACAGCGUCGCAUGAAGCUCGGGGAGCACUCUGCGGUGCUGGGACUCCUGCCUGUGGAAACCGGCCAGGCCUACUAG